UCUAGUUCGGGGAUGCCGCUUUCCUAAUGGAGUGUGCCUUUUUGUUUAUCUUCUUAUGAUAAACUUUUUUUUGGAGGGGGGCUUGAAUUUAAAUAUUAUCACCCAGUUAUCUCAAUUGUUUAUCAAAAAAUCUGCCGAGCCGUUUAGACUUAUCGGCCUGCAUUUUAACUUUUGAUAAGAUGAGUCACGUUUUAUCAUAAUUUUAUCGGACCGAGUGCGAAGGGUAAGGAACGAACUAUUUGCCAGUCGGAUUUUCGGUCGUAACGCUUCACGGUAGAUUUUGAUACUGCGGUUUGGGCGGGCUUUCAUAGUCCUAGGCGGUGGUUUUGACCUCGAUGAUAUCUGAACUUUUAUCUUUCAACGUCUGGUCUCAUUCCACGAUAGCAUUGAUAAUCGAAAAGGGGAUCGAAAUUGCAGUCGGGGCCGUUCGGACGAAUUCGAUCAUUAAAUAACUGCUAAUUCGACUACGGGUGAUUAACAUACAUCGUACAGUGAUACUUGUUCAUAGUUCUUUGUAAAAAAAAAUGUCAAAUUUUUUCCCCCGGUUCUUGUUCAGUUUUGUGCGUCGGUUUUGAAGAAAGAUGGUGUUUAAAGUGAGUGCUUAUAAAUAUGGACAUAAAUGAAGUUGACGUGCUCAAGGUGCACCAAAAGGUCAAUCAGCCUAAGGAAAAUCUCUAUACAAGAACAUGCAUGGAUUUCAUAUCCAGGUACAGGCAAACGAGGUUUAGUUCUAGGCGAGUGCGAAGGAGGGUUGUGUUCAAGCACGGAGACUGCAAUGUCGUCCAAGGAAAUGUAGCGAAGCGAAGAAGACGUUAUUUGCAGGAUAUUUUUACAACCCUCGUCGAUGCUCAGUGGAGGUGGACGUUACUCGUCUUCGCUCUAAAUUUCCUUUUAAGUUGGCUGGGGUUUGCCGUGAUCUGGUGGCUAGUUUUAUAUACACACGGUGAUCUCGACCCUUCGAUUGCCUCCAACUCGACGUGGACGCCUUGCGUAAGGGAUGUCACCACUUUCAGCAGUUGUUUCCUAUUCAGCGUCGAGACCCAACACACAAUUGGUUAUGGCGCGAAACACACAACGGACGAAUGCCCGGAAGCGAUAUUUGUCAUGUGUCUGCAGAGUUUGGUCGGCGUCAUGAUACAGGCUUUUAUGGUCGGCAUCGUCUUCGCAAAGCUUUCCAGGCCCAAAAAGAGAACUCAGACUUUACUCUUUAGCCGGAACGCAGUCAUUAACCAGAGGGACGGACAGCUUUGCCUCAUGUUCAGGGUGGGCGACAUGCGUAAAUCGCACAUAAUCGAGGCGCACGUUAGAGCCCAGCUAAUUAACAAAAGGGUGACCAAAGAAGGCGAGACGUUGCCGUUCUACCAGCACGAGCUCAAAGUCGGCGGAGACGGCGAGGAGGACAAAAUAUUCUUCAUAUGGCCGACUACGAUAGUUCACAAGAUAACACCAGACAGCCCGCUGUACUCACUCUCAGCAAGUGAGAUGCUACGGCACAGAUUCGAGAUAGUGGUCAUUCUAGAAGGAGUGAUAGAAUCUACGGGCAUGACGACCCAGGCGAGGUCUUCCUAUCUGCCGAGCGAAAUUUUAUGGGGCCACCGGUUCGAACCGAUGGUGUCGUUCAAAAAGGAAACCGGAGAGCACGAGGUCGACUACGGCCUGUUCAACAACACGUACGAAGUGGACACGCCGAUCUGCAGCGCUCAGGCUUUAGACCAGCUAAUGGGCAUCAACACCAACGCCAACGGUACCAAAUUUCAAGUCGGCGGGAGCCUCGCGUCGGAAACGCCGGACCUGACCAGUAUGGACUCUAAUAGCAUACUCUGUGAUAAAGGCGAUCCCGGCCUCCAGCACGUCAUCAUACACCCGACGGACAUACCUGGCCCGGAAUCUCGUAUUUGACACAAACAGUGGUAGCUAACGCUUAGCUCUGUGUCGCCGGGGUUGUGCGGAUCACCCACUAAAGACUUUUGUAAAUACUGACCAAUUAGGAUAGUCGCUCAAAGAAAACAAUUCGCAAAAUUUUAUCUCAACGAAGUAAAGCUGGCAGGGGGAAUUAAUUAAAUUAAAAUACAAAAACAACAACGUAAUCGAAUAAAACUUAUUAAUCAAAGACAGAAAAUGUGAUUUUUAGUGAUAGUAGUGAUGGGACGUAGUGCCGCGAGGAGGGGAGACGACCGGUGCACAAAACGAAGGAGGGAUUAGAAAACGGCAGAGCCAAAUGGAACGUGGAAGGUAAAGCCGUUGGUAGAGGGGACCCCAGACUCCAAGCAACCGUCGUCAGUA